AUACAGAAGUUUGAUCAACAAAUGGCUAGGCGUAAUGUUAUUCUUCUAAUUGAUGGUGCACCUAGUCAUAAAUUUGAUAAUAUAAUUCUUAAUACCAAAGUAAAAUUUUUUCCUCCAAAAACGAUGAGUAGAAUUCAACUAUUAGACGUAGAAAUAAUAAUAUCAUUUAAGCAUCAUUAUAAAUCCCAAUUUGUUAAAUGGAUUAUAAAUCAAUAUGAAGCUAGAGAACAUAACAAUAACCUUAACAAUAAUUUUAAUAUAUUUACUGCAAUCAACUUUAUAGUCAAUGUGUGGGAUAGUGUUUCUUCAACAAAGAUCAUUAAUUGUUUUCAUCAUACAAAUAUUCUUUCUGAGACAAUAAUGGAUAAUA